CCAGUGCAUGUGCUACGCGUGAUUCUAGCGUAGUUAGUAGAAAUCGUUGAGAAAAUUGAAGUAAUAGUCGAUUCAUUAUACGACUCGGUAGCAACUGAAAUGCCCAAGGGAAGAAUAAUACUCCUGGCUUAUUUCUCGUACAUUGGCUUUGUGAGCUUCUUUGUGAAAGGGAAUCUAUAUGGAGGUCAACUGAUCCAAAUAUAUGGUCACAGACUUUACCACAAAGGCCAGCGCCUCGUGCUUAAUUGCACUACAAUAAAUAAAAAAUUUAACAAUCAUGAUCUCCACUGGUCAAAAGAUGGUAAAGCAAUUCCCGGAAAAAGAGUCGACAAUAACACGUUACAGAUUGUCAAAUCAAACAUUGACGUUACAGAUGGUGGAGGAUACCGCUGCGCUAUUAUACAACAGACGCAUCUUAUUCGUAGCAUUCAAAUUUAUGUGACAGUUGGAGAACUCCCACUUCGACCCACAGACAUAAGCUGGCGAAAUAUCAACAAUCGAAUUUGCAUAAGUUGGUCCCCAGUCUCAAGCAACAGUGGUUUCCCCGUGACAUAUAAAAUUCGAUACCGUUGCGUGACUGAAUGCGACGAUGAAAACUCAGACGAUGAAUACGAUUCGUCUAAAAUUAGAUGGAGCGUUGGUUGCAGAAAUCCCCGACAAGACCCCAGAGAGAAACUUUUUUGCUGUCUAAAGUACGUAGAUCUGUUCGUAAAAUACGAAGCCGUUGUUAUGGCAACUAAUCUUCUUGGAUCGUCAUCAAGCAAGCCAUUCAACUUCACACGGGAUAUCCAAACAACGCCCUUACCACCCAAGUCUCUAAAACUACAAGCCAAAGGUUACUGUGAAAUAACCUUAGAAUGGUCACCACCGCAUUACUUCAUGGACUGGAAGACUAAAUACGCUAUAUACUACAACGCAUUGGGCGAUACUAAGAACAAGUCGAUAAUUACCGAAGAUAAUGGACAAAGAUAUUAUCGUAUCACAGGACUAAAGCCUUUCACCAAAUAUACAGUAUACGUUGCUGCUAUUGAUUCACCCAGUGGUACCGUUGGGUUCCCUGUGGGACCGGUUUCCAUAGUAACUAGAGAGGAAAAUCCUUCAAACGCACCUGAAAUUACGGAUUGGUCUUCAAUAGAGGAUCCCUCCAACAAAGAACUGCGGAAUGUUACUAUCAAAUGGAAGCUCCCACCGAAAGAAAGCUGGAAUGGUAGACUUACGAAAUAUAUAAUCCAAUACCGACGAAUUAAUUCCCCAAUCGAUUCUACUUCGGCAAACUCAUGGGGAAAGAAAAUGACAAUCGAUAAUUCAUCGGCUGCCGAAGGUACCAUCGUCAAGAUUCGGGUAGACUCGGCUUACGAAGUUGAAAUGCAGAUGUGCAAUAACGCAGGUUGCGGAGGGAUUGGGAAUCGAGUGGUCAUUACCGCGGAAGCUGGGCAUAAGAUUGAGUCAAAUAAAGAGCUCAUGAAAGACAAAACCGCAAUAUUGUACAUCGCUUUGGCUGUAAUUGUGUUUGUCCUCGUUGCUGUGUUACUGUUGGUCAUUGUAUUGAAAGCAAAAAGGAAGGUGCAGCCGUCUUCCAAAAUCACGUCUUACCGAUACAAGAACAGUGGCAAUUUGAAGGCAGAAUGUGCAUAAACUGAUUUGUAACUUCAUUCUAGUUCGUUUAAUUCAAAAUUCACACGUGAAGCGAUUGAAAAGCUUGCUUUGUGUUACGAAAUGUACAAAAUUCGUUUAGGUUUUUUUAAAGUAUGUUUUAAGGGCUGAAGUGGUGGUUUUCAUUAACUCUAGCCUGCAAACAGAGUCUGUCUUUCAGGCUCAAUCACACAGUGAAAAACAGGUUAUGCGAGUUUAUCUUGUUUAUGAAAACCAAGGCAAUCUAGCCCAAUUCUUAUUUAUUGAUUAAUUUAUUACCAUUAAUAAAAAAUAAAUAAAAGUACAAAUGAUAAGUUAUUAGAUAACAA